AUGUGUCCGACCUUCCCACCUCAUCUACUCUCAUACAUGCAGGUCGGAGAACGAUACAGGCGCGUUCAGGCCAAGGGUGCAGUCAUAAACAUGCCCCAAGCGCAUCUGACGCGAUCGAGAAGCGAAGAGAUAGCAGAGCGAUUAAGUUGGAAUGUAUUCGCAUUCUGA